AUGUUUAUCGAUAGAAAUUAUACAAAUACAACUUAUUAAAUACCUUAAGUUAGCGAUUCUUAGGUUUCAGGAAUAGGAAUAACAUCAAAUGGACUUAACAUAUUUUUAGGAAUUCAAUCUCGAGUAUUAGUAUAUUAAGUUUAGUAAGCUAAUAAAUAAAUGAGUAUUCUAUCUUCUUGCAGCACUAAUGGAAGCACAGUCAGCUAGUUUAUAUUUAGCAGUAAUGAAACUUUAAUAAUUGCACUUACUACUUCUUAGCUAAUAUAAAUUUAUGAUAUAUAGAAUUUAAAUAGCAUUAGUUUAGUAGGAGAGUUUACACCUUAUUCUAAUCUUAAUCUAAAGGCAGAUAUUUCUACUUACUAUAAUUUAUUAUAUGUUGUUUCCGGAUAUAGUGGGUUGAAUAUAUAUUCUUUGACUUAUAGUAAUGACAAACCUGUAAUGGAGUGUUCUCUAUUAUACUAAAAUUAACCAGGUUAAAAUUUAGUAGAUUUUGCAAAAUCACAGAAUGACCAUAUUAUCUAUGCUGUAGACUCUGUUUAAGGAGUUUUUAUUUUUAAUAAUAUGCACUCUUCUGAUUCAAUAAAAAAGUAAAGCUAAUCUGACUUUAAGUAUUUUGGUUUAGGAAAAUUCAAAGUAAAACUUUAUAUUACUUCAAUAGCAAUAUCGCCUCUUGAUUUAUUUAUCUUUGUAGGUGUGAGAUCAUAGGGGAUAUAUAUUUUUAACAUCGAAGAGGAUGCUUUGAAUCCUAUUUUCUUUUAAUUAAUUUACUAUUAAGGCAAUCCUUUGAAGAUUUUAGCAUAUGAAUUAUUAAAUAUUGAUGUUAACAAAUAAGAGACUUAAUUCGUAUUAUCAAAAUCAUCAGGAUUCUUACUAGUUGAUACAAAUAAUUUUUAAAUAAUUACAAACUAUACACUAAUAAACGUCACUAGUCAGUGUAAAUCUGCAGUUUUCUCUCCUAAUGGCAAAUAUGUAAUACUUAUCUACUAAAAUAAUGGGUUAUAUUUUAUUGAUGUACAAAAUAAAAGUUAACCAUUUGUUGCAAAUUACUACAAAACUUCAGGAGCAGAGAUGAUUGUCAGCUCAAAAAUACAAGAGUAUAUUUACUUUAUUGAUGGAAUCAAUGGUUUAGUUAUCAUUGAUGGGAAUUAUCUUCCUGAAUUAAAAACAGUUGGAAAUUACUAUAAUAAUAUCUGGUUAUCACAUUUAACCCUAUCUUUUGAUGAAAAUUAUGGAAUUAUUAACAGCCUUGAUUAGAAUUAAGUUAUGGUGAUAGACUUGGAAAUUAAAUAAAAUCCUUAAUUAUUAUCUUCUUAAAAUUUUGAUAGCUAGUAGGACUAUUUGAAGGUAGGAUUAUAUUAUGAAUUUGAAAUUAUUCCAAUAUAUAAAAAAGAAAAUCAGAUUUUAUAAGAUAUUUUUAUCUGGAAAGAUAAUAAAUUAGGCAAAUUACCUAUCUGGAUAAAUAUUAGUCAAGAUUUCAAAAAUUUAACAAUAUUUGUGUCAAAAGAAUUAUUAAAAGAAGGUUAUUAAUAAGGUAUACUAACUUUAGUAGUUAAAAACUGCUAUUAGCUAAGUUCGUCAGACUUUCUUGUAAGCACAAGCUAGCUAAGCGUUAGUGAUUUAGAAAGCCAAGCAAUUUGGUUGUUUUUAAUAAAGAAUAAAAUAAUUAGUUAAGAUUUUUGCUAUGAUGAUGAGAAGAAUUAUAUUUUGCCAGAUAAUGUAUCUUAAUUAUUCGAUUUACUAAAAAGUAUCUCAGAUUCUAGUUCAUAUAAUAGGACAAUACUAAUCUUAUCUAAUGUGUAAUAAAUCUUAAGACAAUCUAUACAUUAUAGUCCAAUCAAAUUUAAUAUUGAGUCUUCUUUGAAAUUUGAUAUGAAUGAUUCCCUUAAUACAAUAUAAUCAUGCCUAAAUGAAUAAAUCACCUUAGUUUUGUCAUUCGAAUACAACUCAAAUUUAAUUUUUGUAAAUAUGAACUAUUAAAAUUCUUUAAUAUCUCUCUAUGGCUAAUAAUCAAAUACUAUUAGCUUAAAAAGUACUACUCAAAAUCUUAACUAAAUUUUACAAGACAAAAUCUAUUAUUAUCUAUAUAUUAAAGACAAUAACAGUAAUCAUAUCUAAAAUAAUUAAACAAUAGGAAAUUAAUAAAUUUAAAUUGAGUUAUCUGAUGGUAUAAACUAUAAUAAAUAAUUUAUUAUUAAUAUAGAAUAGGCUCAUUUUUUAUAGCUAAAAAGAGACAUAGAACUAUCAAAGCCACUUUAGGAUUAAGUAAAUUUUUUAUCUCCUGGUGCAAGUUUCGCUAUUGAAACAUAACUUUCAAUUAAUUUUGACUAAAGGAUAUUUUUAGAUCCUGAUUUCAAUACAAGAAAUUAAGCACAAAAUGGUAUCCAAGAGGACUAAACAAUCAACGACCUAUCCAUAGUUUAUGAAUUCUAUUUAAUGAAUUCGAGAGGAGAAUAUGAGUUAGUUUCCAGCAAUUAUUUUUUACAGUUUGAUUCUUAAAAUAUGAGAAUAAUAGGUUCUCCACCUUCUAGUCUGAUAUUUUAAUAGUAAAACUAUAUGAUUGUAGCAAGAACUGUAUACUGUUAAGCGUAGGACACAUUCUAUCUAAAAUUUGACUAAAUACCAUUAAGUUAUGUAUUCAAUAUCUUUCUUAAAAUUAUUGGUCCUAUUGCUUUUUUAAUAGGAGUAUAUUAAAAAAGAUAUGUAUUUUACAAUAUGAUAAACAAGAAAAAAACUCUAUACUCAUAGGAAAAAGCCUAUAUUUAUCAAACUUAUCGAAAAAAAAUAACUCUAAUAGGAGAUGAGCUGAUCAUAACUCAGUUAUUUUUCGAAAAAUUUCUUAAAAUUAUUGGUCAACCAACAAUUAUUUAAUCGGAAUAUUAAUAAAUUUAAGAAGCAUAAAUUUAAAGAUUUGGAAAACAAAAUCUUCAAAAUAAAAUCAUAGAUGAAUGUGAUGAUAUUAAAGAAAGAUUAGGAUCUUAAAAUAAUUCAAUAAAUUAAUAGACCAAAGAAAUCAUACGACAAAAGUAAAUUCACAAAUUAAAAAAUUAAGAAUAAAAUUUGAUGAUAUAAACAUAAAAUUAAACGGAAAAUAGAAAAAGCCAAAUCAGGAGAUUUUCUUUAUAAAAUUAAAUUAAUUUUAAAUACUAAAGUAGUUAAUUUGAUUAAAAAGAGUAAAAUUAAAACAAAAUAUAAAAAAAAAGAUCUUUGUCUUCAAUCUAAUCUCAAGUUGAUCAAUUACUAAAAUCAAAAAAGAAAAUCUAAAAUUUAAGAAACAGAAAACAAAUAUUAAAACGAAAAUAUACUUGGUUUUGAAUCAAAUAAAUAUAUGAAAUAGAAUAUGAAGAACGCUAUCAAAAUUUUACACUAAAAUAAAAGUUUAGUGAAAGAAGGUAAAAAAAAGCUUGAUAAUCAAUUAAAAAUCGAAAGUAGUAAAUCUCUUAUUAAAAGAAUUUAGGAGCUAAGAAAAUCAAAUAAACUAGAAUAGGAAAAGAAAAUUGCUUAUAGUGCAAGAUACAUCAUCCAAAAGCUUUGUAUCAAAGAAAAUGGAAAAAUUGAUAUUAAUUAAGUGAUAUAUUAUAUGUUAAAAAAAGAAUUAGAAGUAGUAUUACAAUUAUAAAAGCACAAAGUGCUGGAAUAUAAGUAAGAAUUUGAAAAUAAUAAUAGCAGAUUUGUUUAUAGCUUAAAAGCAUUUAUAGCUAGAUAUCUUCUUUAAACAGAUAGCAAAACAAAGUAUCUUUAUAAAUUUAUAAAAAAGUCUGCCAUUAACAAUAAAUUGAGCGAAAGAACUCCAAAUGAUUGGUACAAAAACUACAUUGAAAUAAUACCAACUAAUGAAAUAGAUGAUAAUGGUAUGUGCAUUCCUUUUUCAAAAACCAAAAUCAAAUAUGUUUAUUUAAAAAACAUUCUCUAAUAACUUCAGCUCUAUAGAAUAGAAAAUUUCUCAUAGGUAGAACAAAAAUUUUUAUUUAACGACAUAGAAGGAGAAGUAGAUGAUUAGGAAUUACAAUAACAACUUUCUAAAUUUAAAAUUAAUUUCUAUUUGAUUAAAGAAGUUUUAAUUGCUGAUGCAUUAGGUUUAGUGUUUGAUAAGAAGCAUUUUUCUUCCAAGAAAUGCUUUGGUGAAUCUUUGCAUAUCCACAACGAACAAAUUCUUUCAAUAGAGGCUUUCUAAGCUAUAAAAAAUAGUAAAUUAACGUGGUUCAGAAAAUUGUGCAAUCUUAUGUAUAGCAGAAUACCUAUUUCAAAGCAUUUAUCAUUGCCUACUUGGAUAUCAUUUGACUGUAAAAAUGGUGUUCUUUACCUAGAAGGCACACCAUCCCAUCAAGAUGUCCAUGAUAUAUUGAUAAGAGUUUACGAUUUAUCUAAGCAAAUUAUUAUGUAGUAUAACCUGUCUAUAUAAGAUGAAAAAAAAAGAUCAAAAAAUUCUAUCAAAUUAUUAUUUUAAAAUUUUAAUAAUAAUAGCACUGUAAAUGUAAAAAAUUCUAAUUCGGAAAAUAAAAUGAUAGAAAAAAAAACAACUAGCUAAGUUAAUGAUGAAAAUUACUCUUAAAUAUCUUAUCAGUUAAAUUCUCGAAUUAGUUUUCCUAUUUCUAGUUUGGAAUCUUUUUCUUAAAAAACACAUCUUGAUAAAAAUAACUUAGACUAUGCUACUGAUUUAAAAAUGAAAUAGUUAAAUAACCUUUAAAACUUAUUUACUUAUUAGGAAGCAGAAUAAAAAGAAAAAUUAAUAAAUUAGGUAUUCAAACCUACAAACACAUAAAAUUCUUCUUUUGAUACUAAUAUUUUAAAAUAAUGUGAGUCUUUUUCAACUUAUGCUUCCCCUAAAAAUAGUUCUUUCUAAAUGUUAAAUAAAGUUAAAAAAAAAAUAAUUAACAAAAAGAUUUUACUUAAAUAAUCAUCAUUUAAAACCGAAUAUUAACAAUAAUCUUAAUGUGAAAAUUAUAAAUAAAAUGACAUUUAAGUUCCUAGCCAAGAUAAUCUUAAUAUAUAAGUCCCAGAUUCAUUGUAAAUGAAAAAUCAUAAUAAAAGUGUAUUAUUUAAUCAAAAAAAUAAUGUUUCUAAUAUUGAUUGAAAUUAUAAAAAAUAAAUAAUUCUUUUACUAUCCAAAAAUAAUUGAAAUUAUUAAAAUAUUUUUGGAUAAUAAGUUGAAGUAUUCGCAUAAAAAUUACGAUCAAAAUAUAAUUAUAUAUUUUUAAUGAUUAUAUAAAUAUAUAAAAUUAGUUUAAUAAUUAGCUUAAAAUUAAUAUUGCCUAUUAAAUAUAAUUCCUUAUUUUUAAC